AUGGUAGAAAACACAACGGCAUUUGAGAAUUCUGGCUCCCUUUCCUUGGGCGAGUCAUUGAUGGCAGACGAGGAUCAAAACACUGGCGAUUACGAAGUCGUCUCGCACAAUGGAUCCGAGAUUCGUUCCGCACCUGAAACUUCCACACGCAAUGCCUACUUUGGCAGUGGGAUUCUUAUUUUGGAUGGAGUGGAAGGUGAGGGUGUCGAAGAAACUGGAUCCGUUCUUUCCAUUCCUGGCACGGACAGUCUUCCCACGGACGUUGGCACUGUGAAUGGACAAGACAUUGCAUACCGUGGUUGGACCAUUCCAAAGUACGGCAUCUUCUUGCUAAGUACAGUCUUGCUAGGUUUGGGUUACACUACGUAUACAAUGUACACGUGGCGAUCUGCUUCGUUCCUAAAAGAUGAACAAAUUGCUCAACAUUUGGCUACCAUUCAACGCUUGGAACAAGAGGUCCAAGAAAAGGAAACGGCGUUGGGAUAUUUUGAUGAGUCCGACUAUAUCACAGUCUUUGACAACUGUUGGGUCAAGGCAAAGGCUCGUUGGUGUGACAAGGGCGGGCCUGGAUCCUUCCCACAAAUCUUUGGUAACGCGAUUGGAGAGGCUAGCAAACUUGUGACGGACACCUUUGCUUCCCUCACCGAUACCAUGAAGGAAGUUCCAGAAGCUGCUUCGUCCGAGUUGAAGUCGGCUACUGAUGCUGUCAACAAGGUCACGGAUGCCUUUUCUUUGUUUGUAGGUGCCGCCGGAGAUGCCAUGUUCGCCGAACUUCAGGAGUUUUCGGACAAUCCCAUGGAUUACAUGGCAGAGGCUGUCAAAGGAACCCAUAAUGAACCAGAAAUUACGGGAAAGGGGGUUGAUGAAGUCAUGAAUAUAAUGACCGGCAAGACCUUUUACAUGACGGACGAUGAAGCAGCUGCAGCUAAGGAAGCGGCUGUGUUGAAUGAGCUUUAG